AUGGCCGACGACGGCAUGGCCAGCGGCGGAGCGUUUGCGGGCGAGGUGGCUCGCCAGCGAGAUAUCGGCCAAGCGGGGACGAUUCGCAACGUUGCGCACCGUCAAGAGGAUCCGCAGCAGAGGGUGGGGGGGACGGCCGGUCUGGGCAGCCCCGACCCCGCGCCUCCGGAGACGGCCGCCGAGCCGUCGGCCGGCGAUCAGAACCCCGUCGUCGCAGCGGGUUCAGAUGGCCCCCUAGACAGCCGGAUCACAGGCGACGAGCCGACCGCUCUCGGGGCAGGGACCUGCGCGCCGCCCGCGACUGCGGAGGAGGCUUGCCGCGCGGACAGGACGCACGACAGCACCGCACCCGAGGCAGAGCCGUCGCCGUCCGGUCCCGAGGAGUCCGCCACUCCGUCGCAGCCUCCGGCGUCGGCUCAGGGCGGAGACGGCAACGAGGCCCCCGCCUCCGCGGGCGGCCUAGAAUACGAACGCGACGAUAGCAGCAGCGGCAUCCUGCGGCUCAAGCCGACGCUGUCGCAGUGGGAAGACUUCCCGGCCGUGCUGCGGACGGCGCGAGGCCUGGGCGCCGAAGAGGACGGGUGCUUCAAGGUCGUCCUCCCGCCGGGCCUCCUGGGCCCUCUCCCGCCGAAGACUGCGCAGACGGUGGCGGCCAACGCGUUCCGGACACGGCUGAUGGAGCGCACGCGCAUAUGGCAGGUCAGCACCGUGCCCACGCAGGCACGGUUCCCGGCACGUCCGGCAGAGGGGGAGGGAGGUGACGGUGCGCAUCCCGAGUUCGAAGGCGACACGGACUCUGCCUUCGCCAGGCUGCGCACCCUCUUCAACAAGAGCAAGAACAAGCAGGUGCGCGAGGUGCGGUACCGCGUCGACGUGCCGGCCUGGAGCGCCGAGCAGCGGCUGACGGCGGGCGUCCCGGCCCGGAGCCCGAUCCACCCGCUCCGGGGGGACAGGCUGGACCGGACGCGCGCCGUGAUACCGGGGAUCCACACCCCCUACGUGUACGAGUCCGGGGCCGCCUUCGGCGCGCCCUUCCAGCUGCACGCCGAGGACUUCCGCCUCUCGUCCCUCAACCACCUGUACCGCGGGCGCAAGGUGUGGGUGGUGGUGCCGCCGUCGGCCGUCGAGCACGCAGAGGAGCGGCUGGGCCGGCGCUCCGGCUGCUCCCAGUUCAUGCGCCACCGCGCGCACUUCCUCUUCCCCACCAAGCUCGACCGCCUGGCCAUCCCGUACCGCGUCGUCGACCAGCGCGCGGGCGAGACCGUCGUCGUCCUCCCCGACGCGUACCACCAGGGCUUCAGCACCGGGUACACCCUUGCCGAGGCCAAGAACUACGCCGAGCCGGGCUGGGAGCCCGGCGCCCUGUCGUACACGCCGUGCGACCCGUCGUCGUGCGACCUGCCGAGCGCCAUCCCGGCGGCUCUCAUGGACCUGCUCGGCGAGGAGGAAGGGGAGGCCGACCGUCUCGAUCUGUGUGCCUUGCAGGACCAGCAAGACAGGUCGAGGUGUGGACAGGGGGAGGAGGAGCGGGAUCGGGAGCGGGAGCGGGACCUCGAUACAGUCUUUCGGAAGAAACCGAGGGGACUCGAUGAAGGGGAAGGAGGAGAGGCGGAGUCCGAGAUGGACUCCAGAAAGAGACCGAGGUUGAUGUCCAUGGCGUCUGUCUGA